GGAGGCGGGCAAGCAGGCGGGGGAAGCCGGGCUGGAGGUGGGCUGAGCCCCCGGAGGAAGGAACCGGGGCGCAUCGCGGAGCUUCUCCUCCAAGCGGGGCUGGUCGGGCUCUCCGCCUGCGGGAGCGGAGGGCUCUCCAACCUUCUCAGCGAUAAGACCUGAGGACUUCAACUCCCAGAAUCCCCCAGCCGGAGUGGUGAUUUGGAGACCAUCGUGGAAGAAAGGAUCUUCCUCCAGAAAAUGUCACGAGAGGACCAAGGCGUUGCGAAGGCCGAGGAAAACUCCUCCCGCGUCAUUUUCGCGGUGUUUCUCUCGCUGCUCAUCGACCUCCUGGGCUUCACCCUGAUUCUGCCUCUCCUGCCUUCCAUCCUAGAUCAUUUCAGCCAGAAUGACGAUGGGCUCUACAGGAGGGUGCAAGCCGGCGUGGACUGGUUCAGUGGCAGCCUUGGCAUUCCGCCAGAAAGGAAGUACAACAGCGUCUUAUUUGGAGGUCUCAUCGGCUCCCUGUUUUCUCUGCUUCAGUUUCUGGCCUCGCCACUCACCGGGGCUGCCUCAGAUUCCUUCGGGAGGCGACCGGCGCUGCUCGUCACUGCGCUUGGCUUGAUGGCGUCCUAUUCUCUGUGGGCCAUUUCUAGGAGUUUUGAACUCUUCCUUUGCUCCAGAAUCCUUGGCGGGAUCAGCAAAGGGAACGUCAGCCUUUGCACGGCCGUCAUCGCAGAUCUUCAAUGUCCGAAAGCUCGAAGCAAAGGCAUGGCCAUGAUCGGGCUAGCUUUCUCGUUGGGCUUCACCCUCGGGCCGAUGCUAGGCGCCUUCCUCGCGCUCGAGACAGAGAAGGACCAAGUCUUCUACACGAGAGCCGCCAUCUUUGCCACCAUCUUCGCCGCGGCUGAUUUCCUGUUUAUCUUCACCUGCUUGCCAGAGACACUGCCGAAGGAAAAACGGGUGUCCUCCGUGGUAUCUGGCUUUCAGUCGGCCUUCAACCUGAUCAGCCCCUGGGCCUUGUUCCGCUUCUCUGCAGUACGUCAGAAGAAUGGAGGAGCUUCCAGAGACAGUCUUCAGAUGUUGGGCUUGGUGUAUUUCCUGUACCUUUUCCUUUUCUCUGGCCUGGAGUACACACUGGGAUUUCUUGUCCAUCAACACUUCCACUUCAGCAGUCUGGAACAAGGGAAGAUGUUUUUCUUCAUCGGUGUCACCAUGGCUGUGAUCCAAGGAGGCUACACUCGCCGGAUUCCGCCAGGAGCAGAACUGCGGAUGGUUAAAAUUGCAAUCAUACUGUCAGCUCCUGGCUUCCUUUUAAUCGGCUGGAGCACUAAUAUUAUCAUCCUCGGUGCAGGACUGUUGUUUUACUCUUUCGCUGCAGCUGUAGUCGUCCCUUGCUUGUCUACGGUGGUAUCCAGCUACGGGCUGGACAGCCAAAAAGGAACCGUGAUGGGCAUCCUAAGAAGUCUGGGUGCCCUUGCGAGGGCUCUUGGGCCGGUGGCAUCGGCAACAGUGUACUGGCUGGCCGGAGCGGAAGUUUGCUUCACCAUUUGGGCCUCUUUGUUCCUGCUGCCCUUCAUCCUGCUUCGGUGCAUGCCAAAGCAAAACAAACAGGAAUAGACUACUCGGAUGGCGGUUUCCCCCAGAAACUCAAGAAUUCAACUUGAAUUCAAGAAAUCGAGUUGAUCCUGGAAGAACUAACUAGGGGCGUUGGUGUAUUUUUCACAGCAGCCUUCCACCAUCUUUGCCUGUAUUUGAGCAGAGGUCCUGCUUUCCAGUCUGGGUCUUUCCAUGUGUGUGUGUGCGCACGUGCGUGCGUGUGCCAGGGUCUGAGCAAUGAUCCAUGGAAAAAGGGCCUUAGGAUAAAGCUGCCUUCCUACAAAUAGGAUGGUGAAGAUACCAACUUGCUCAAUCCGCGAUGAACAAAGCCCCCAACAACCCAAGUCCACUUCCUUCCAGCUGGAAACACCUGGGAAUUUUCUUGUUCAAAGCGGGACGUUCACACAGAUUGGCCCACAAGGUCUUUGCUAUGAGGCUGUGAGACCCAAACAAUGUCAUCUUUCGUGACCUAACUUUGGAUUUGGCAUCUCUAAGUUUGAGAUGAACGUCGUUACUGCCUGUGUCCCAUAAGGCUCUCCCCAUUUGCCUUCACUUAGAUUGGUGCUCUUUCUUCGUGUCCCUGUUGUGCCUCUUUCCUCUUUUCUUCAGCGUCUUUGUGCCUGUUCCCACUUUUCUUCAGUGUCCUUGUGCCUGUUCUCUUUUCUUCAGCAUCCUUGUGCCUGUUCCCCCUUUUUUUCAGUGUCCUUUUGCCUGUUCCCUCUUUUCUUCAGCGUCCUUGUGCCUCUUUCCUCUUUUCUUCAGCAUCCUUGUGCCUCUUCCUUUUUUUCUUCAGCAUCCUUGUGCCUGUUCCCUCUUUUCUUCAGCGUCCUUGUGCCUGUUCCUUUUUCUUCAGUAUCCUUGUGCCUCUUUCCUCUUUUCUUCAGUGUCCUUGUGCCUCUUCCCUAUUUUCUUCAGCAUCCUUGUGCCUCUUCCCGCUUUUUUCAGUGUCCUUUUGCCUGUUCCCUUUUCUUCAGCGUCCUUGUGCCUUUUCCCUUUUCCUCGUAUGCUUGUGCCUCUUCCCUCUUUUGAUUCCUGGACCUUGUUCUUUUAAUUAUGUCUUCAUUCCCCCCUAGGGGUGAAAUGCUACCGGUUCAAACCGGUUCUCCUGAACCAGUAGUAAAAAAAUGCUACCGGUUCAGGCGAACCGGUAUUUCCGACAAUCAGCUGGAUGGCGAUCAUCUGUGACGCAUGAUUUAAAUUAGAAUUGUCGGGUUUCCUGUUUUCUAGCUAAUCUAAAUCACGUGGCACAACAGAUCCACCCCCUCGCUGUUCUACUUACCUUUACAGACUUGGAAGGCUUUAAAAUGUUCCUUUUUUAGUGCAGGCGCACCUCAAGCGUGCAUGCGUGCGAAGUGCACACUUGGUAGCAGACUCACAGAACCGGUAGCAGACUUCAGAGGAUUUCACCACUGUUCCCCCCCCUUUUUUUGCUUCCUGAGUACACAAACCAGCAAAAGUCCAUUCCUACAUGGAUUCUCAGAAAGGAUAGUAAUUAGAUAAAAUAGAAAAAUCGAUAGGAUCUCAAUCUCUUGUCCUAGAAUGCAGUCCUUGUCCUACAUUUCUGAAAGUUGGGGUUGCAAAAUAGAUGGUCCGACGCCAUGCGUAGGUGACAAAAGUGCUUGCAUCAAAAUAGUUCUCAAGGUUUUGGGGGUUUUUUUGGUUCCCGAAAGAGGCAUGGAUUGGAGGAAGAACCACACCAGAUACAUCCUCUGGAGGCACUUUUGUCGAGUUCUACCUUGGCCCCGAGUUUGUGUAUUUCACUAAGUGUCUUACCAUAGCCCAGUCCCUUUUGAUGGACUUCUGAGUUAUUUUGAAUUUUAAAACGAUGAUGGGUAUAUGUCUAAUUAUCCUUCCUUUCUUUUGUAUUGCCGAAAUGUCAAUGUAAUAUUUUCUACACUGCGUAAGGAGGUGUGUUGAGAGGAGUAUUUUCCAUUUUCUUUUUUCAUACAAUAAAACAAAAUUAAGUUUUCA